AUGGAGGGAAAUAUUCAAACAAGAAUGCAAACAAAAAUAUUAACAAAAUUAUAUAUGAAAAAUGAUGUAACAAAUAAAGAAAAUACAAGAUUAAGAAAUAAAACAAACAAUAGAAAAAUCGAAUCUAAAAAUAUGAGGGUUAAUAAAAGAACUGUAAAAUCAUAUUUGAAAAGUUGUGAUAGAAAAAGGGGGAAAGAAAAAUUAUAUGUUAAAAAAAUUGAAAACUCAAAAAAAAAAAAUAAACCAAGCUUUUCAUCCAAGAUGGAUAUACUUAAAGAGGACAAAAGUAAAAGAAAAAAUAACAAUUUAGUAAAUAAUACUGUAGUAAAUAAUAAUGCAGUAAAUAAAAAUAAUUACAACGAUUUUAAGAAUAAAAUGAAUACAUGUAUUUAUUUUCACAAUAAUUAUAACAAUGAUAAAGCUGGAAAAAAUGAAAAUAAUACAUAUGACUCAAAAAAUGAAAAAAAAAAAAAAAAUAGCAAUGAUACAAAAAAAGACAAAAAUUAUAUAUAUAAUUAUUUACAGGAUAAUGGUAUUGAAAUAAAAAAUGAUAAAUAUAUUUUUAAAUAUAAAAAUACAUUAAAUAAAAUUCAAACAUUUAUAUUUCCUAUAUAUAAAUAUGGUGAUCAUUUAAUAGCUAGAAAUAAAGCAAUAUUUUUGAAAAUACACAUACAUACAUGCUUGUUUUGCCAAAAUGGAAUACUUUGUAACUUUGUAGAAAAUUAUAUGAUAUAA